GGAUAAAUACUCUGGGACGGAGGUAGUAAAUUAUUAUUACCCCAAAUCAGAACGGUACAUCAAUGUUAUAUGCCGAACCAUAGAAAUGGUUCCGUGCAUGAAAUGAAUACAACAGUACGAUAAUACAACAACUUGGCACACAGGCCGUACAAAUAAACAAUCACACGCUUGGCACACACGCAAUACAAAACAAACAACCAAAAGCAAACAUCAAUAUGGUCAACACAUCCAAGAGGAUCCCACGUCUAGGCUCUUGUGAAGUCCACCAGCUUCCCGUACAACGAAGUAUGGUAGGCCGAGACCAGAGCAUCAAGGGAGCAUAUGUUGAAGGUAGACACCCCAAACACACAUACUCCCUCUAGAAGGACAAUCAUAUCAAAAUUCAGUCAUCAAUCAAAAUCAUCAAAUAAUGUGCUUCAAAAAUCAGCCCAAAGCAUUUAUCAAAGCCAUCACCAAUCCAAGAGAGAUUAGGGAACAAACCCCAAGAGAGAAGAGUGCUAGGAUUCCAUCGGUAUACCAAGAAGGCCUAGGCUCGAGCGUAAGAGGUUGUCCACCUUCAUCAAAGAAGACAAACUUGACGCCAAAGUGACCAGAGCAAACCACUCGGCCGUUCAGAGACGGCAAUGGAAUUUGGCAAUUAUCUUCUGAUAAGGCAUGAGUUCACUUAGUUCCCCUUUAUGCCUCCACCUACUUAUUGCCCUCGGUUUGAGUUCAGACACAAAAAGUAGAUAGGCAGGGAACUAGUGAACCCGAGUAGGACCAACAUAGUCUUCCCAUCCCCCAACCGAAAGGAUCAAGACGAACCAGGCAUGGUUGGCAAUAGACCCACAAACUUCAACUCUGAAGUUAAAACCCCAAAAUUCUGACCAGCAGCUCCAUAUACCCAACCCCAAAGCACUUGCUUUACCUCCAAACAUGAAGCAAAACCUGCCCAAAGGCUGUCCAUGGGCAGUUUCCGUUCAAAUGCAGCCUGCCCACUGCCCAGCCAUCAAUGGCAGCAUAUAAAACCCACUGUCCAGCCAGCUCUCUCCCAAAUUCACACCUUUUGAGCUCCAAUUUCAAGCCAAGUCAUAUAUCUAAGCAAAGGACAGUUAGGCAGGUAGGAUCUGCCCCAAUAGCGUGCCCAAAAGUACAAAUUUCCAUGACUGAAGUUUCCCUCAAAAGCUGCCCAGAGCCAUACUCAUCAGCCUUCAGCAGCAAGAUACCCCGUGCAAAGUCAUCUUAAGGUCCAGCGUGGCAUUGACUCCAAGGCCACAAACCAUCACAGCCCCUUGAAGCCCGAAAGAGCAGUGCCACAAAUGCCCUUUAGGCUUCAUAAUCCAGCUAAAAGAAGGGUAUGCCCAGGUCCAACAGCCCCAACAGAGGAUAACAACAGCAAAUGAACAUCAACAAACCAACCCACAAUUCACUGUCCCAUCAUCCGUAAUAUUCAAAGCAACAAUAGUUAUUCAAGUCCACCAAAAUCAUUGCAAAAUUGGGGUACAGCAGUUCCCCACUGUCCAAUUCAACGUGGCCAAGCCCAAAGGUAAAACACAGCAGGAAAAAACCACAAUCCAACCCAAAAUUUGCCAAGUCUGCCCAUGGAUAGCAUGCCUUAGUCUUUUCCUUCAAGCAUUGGCCCUUCCCUCCACACCACAAUCUCCCCUCUUGGCUCUUCCAUAACCAUUAGGGGGGUAGGGGGAUAAUGCCAUAUUGCUAGGUGCAUCAACUGAAGCAACACAAUUCAAUGGACAUCAAAGCAAAAAGCCAGCACAAGUACACACACUCCACAAAAACAGUAGGAAUCAUUCACAGCAAGAACAUCAGCUUGUACCAUAAGUUACAUAACCAAAACGUAGCUCAAAAGAGGUCAUUUUAAUACAUAAACAACCUCUCUAAAUGCCAGCCAAGAAUCCACAAAAAGUUGGUCAAAAAACAAGCAUGAAGGUAAUACAUACGCAGUCCCAAUUCUCGCUGUGAAAAGUAGAUACGAAACCCAAAAACACCCCAAACCGAAAGGAAAUUCAUAUGAAAUUGAAAUCCACCUUCAUAAGGAGGAAGGGGAUUGCAAAUCGCUCAAAAUACCAGAAGAUUAGCUAUCAAAAGUGUCCGGAUCCACAUGAAUUAGAGAGACAAAAAUUCGAAUGAAGAUUGCCGUUGACUUCCAAUUGUUCAAGAAUUCCUUACCAAAAUCAGCGAAGAUACCUCAUAAUCGGAUUCACCAGCUGAAGGCAGACCCAAGGUUCCAAAAAUCCGAUGAAAUGAGCUAGAAUCGAUGGAAGAGGAGCAAAUCUCCUUGGCGCGGCACUGUUCAUGGCGAGAGCUUGGAGAGAGAAACUUCUGCUUCCAUUAUUAUUGAGAGCUCUUUCUUGGGCAAAUUAUAUGGUACAUCCAGCUACCUUUCUUUAGGUACAUCCUGGUAUUUUUGUAUAUUUUAUAAAUUUUUUAUCCAAUG